AUGAAAAUUCAUUUAAUUUCUCUAAUUGAUAAGAACCAAACGAAAAGUGAAGCUUUCGAAAAUUUCGGUGAUAGUUUUAUCAGUUCCUCUUAUCAUGGAGUAUCUUCAGCGUUAUUACUUUUGUUUUAUAUUAAAACGGUUUAUGAGAAAAAGAUCGAAAAGUUCAAAUAUUUUCUGGGAUUCCAUAUUUUCAUGUACUUCAUAAUCUACUCAAUUAUCAUUUCAUUUUUCAAUGGAUUUAUUAAAAUUCCAAUUCUAAUAAUUCAUCAUGUAUCUCUAAUUUCAGCUAGAUUAUUUAUAUUUGCAGCUGAUUUUAUUAUUUUAUCCUUAAAUUUCAAAAAAUUAAUAUUGCUCACUUUUGAUCUUUAUGAUCGAGUGAAUUUGAAAAAAAUUGAUUUUGCUUAUUUUUUGGUUUGCCUUGUCUUGAAAUUUUUCAGCCCGCUUUAUACUGUUUCAAUAGAAAUCUCAGAUUUUACAAUUGAAUUCAACAUUUUGGAGCCUAUUCUAGUAUUUUCCAACCUUAUUUUAAUCAUUAUCACAAUUAUAAAAUGGAAAAUAAAUCAAAAAAUAAGAAUUCAGAAGACAAUUUCAAUUCUACUUCAUUCAACGUUAUCAAUCGGUUGUAUUAUUAUUGCUCAGUCUAUUACAAUCUUCAAAAUCAUCGACGGAUCAAUUCGUUCUGAUGGGAAUCGAAUCCGCAACGCGCGACUGAUAGACAAUCGCGUUCACCUCUACACCACACGGCGUCUGUCGUCUAGUGCCACUAAAACGAUUAUGAAACGAGGAGUCGGCGCCGCUUGGAAGAACGGUCGCGUUCUCACUUGUACAGUAACAGGGAGUUUUGGUUUGGUGUCCAUUGUUAUUUUCUGA